UAGGGACAGUUCAAGACACGGGUGGUCUGUGCGCACAAUAGGGACAGUUCAAUAGGGACAGUUCAUGGCUUCUAGAGACACUCAUGAUAGGCGUCUUGCAGGUGCUCAGCAGCAGGCGGCUUCCAGGGGGGUAGACGACUUGUGGACACUCAGCAGCAGGCAGCUUCCAGGGACAAAGCGGUCAGCAGACAGGACGGCUUCCCAGGGGCCCCACGAUCAGCAGACAGGGUGGCUUCCUAGGGCCCCAGCGAUCAGCAGACAGGGCGGCUUCCAAUGGACCCUCAGCAAUGGACGGCUGCCCUCACAGUGGCCAGCGUUUCAGGGGACA